CGGUGAUGAAUACUUCCGUGUCGGUUGUGUGAACGUCAAAAAAAUGGUCGCCGUGCUCCUUUAAAACGACUCUGACUGCCACUCCCUUCCCUCCCACCACCCCAGCAUGGUUCAGACAAGGAGACGCGCACGCGCUUCGGCCACGCCGGCCACUACAGCAACUACCGCCACCAGCACGAGCGUUUCUCCCUCCAUGACUGACCAGCUCUCUGUCGAGCCAGAAACGCCCCUUACUUCAGACGUCGAGUUGUUGGAAGUCCCCAAAAAACUUCUUGCGAAAACUUCUGUCAUGAACAGGAAUACAAGGAAGCGCGUCGCCGACACAGAAAUCGAAGAAAUAGAGGUUGUUGCCACCAAGCGCAGGGUCGUUUCCAAAGCAAUGUUUGUCGAAAUACCCGUCGUUAGCUCAAAAGACAAAGGCAAAGGUAAAGCACUGGAACCGCCUCAGACCGAGCACGACAACCAUCCGUUCUGUGCCUCGGAAGAUGAGCCAGAACUCAUCCAGGUGUCAGAGUCGGAGUCAAGUGGCUCUGAAUUCGAAUUGUCCGACAUCGACGACAUCUCUGUCAAUGGUCACGGAGAAAAUGACUACGUGCCAUCCUCAGACGAAGAUGAGGCUCAGAUGAUGAGCGUUGCCAUACAAUUGUCUCGUGAGACGGCUAGGGUAGAAGCCGAACGUGACACAUCUGGGGCAGGACCAUCGUCAAGACCUGCCCCUAAAAGGGCUUACAACCGUCGCCGGUCUUCAUUUAAGCGUCCCGCUACCAGGCGGAACCGACAAUCCCGGAGCUACGCAGACUCUGAAGAGGAUGAGAUUGACUCUGAAUCAGAGCUCGGCAUGGAGCUUUCAAACCAGAAUGAUACUGAGAGUGCCCCUUCCGAAUCCAAAGGUGACGACGAUGGUCUGGGCGACGAGUCGGUCGUCUACAGUUCAAUAGAAGAAGAGUUCAGAGUCACGAUGAGGAAGUUUGGCCGCAAGCUCACAUUGGCGGAAAGGUCACGCAUUCGCUUCCUCUUCCACCAUCCUGAACUGCGUAAUGUGUGGAGAAAUCUUAAAGGAGUUGCGGUUGCGGCGCCUGAGAAAGCCCCUCAACCUGCUGGAUUGAAGGUCACCUUGUUGCCUUUCCAACAAGAAAGCCUCUCUUGGAUGCGAAAACAGGAGGAAAGCGUCUGGAAGGGUGGUAUUUUGGCGGAUGAGAUGGGGAUGGGAAAGACCAUACAGAUGAUAUCCCUUUUUGUCUCUGAUCUAAAACGCCCAAAUCUCGUUAUUGCACCUACUGUUGCUCUCAUCCAAUGGCGGAACGAGAUCCAAGCCCACACGGAAAAUAUGAACGUUCUUGUGUGGCACGGCUCCUCUCGCAGUGUGAAUCACGAGGAACUCAAGAAAUAUGAUGUGGUGUUGACGACGUAUGCUAUUGCGGAGAGUUGUUUCCGGAAGCAACACAGUGGUUUCAAGCGCAAGGGAUUGAUAAUAAAAGAAAAAUCACCUCUGCACCAAAUCAACUGGAAUAGAGUUAUCCUCGACGAAGCUCACAAUAUCAAAGAACGCGCAACAAACACUGCAAAAGCGUGCUUCGAAUUGCGGAGCAACUAUAAAUGGUGCUUGUCCGGCACUCCCCUUCAAAACCGUGUCGGAGAGCUGUACAGUUUGGUUCGUUUCUUGGGAGGCGAUCCAUUUUCCUACUACUUUUGCAGGCGCUGCGACUGCCAGUCGUUGCACUGGAACUUUUCAGACAAAAAGACGUGUGACGAGUGUGGACAUGGUGCUGGGAGCCACACCUGUUUCUGGAACCAAGAAAUCUUAACACCGAUCCAGAAAUACGGCAUGGUCGGUCCAGGACAAGUGGCGUUCAGGAAACUGAGGAUUCUCCUGGAUCGACUGAUGCUCAGGCGAACAAAGAUUCAACGUGCCGAUGACCUUGGUCUCCCACCUAGAACGGUCAUCGUCAGGAGGGAUUACUUUAGCCCCGAAGAGAAGGAAUUGUAUCUUUCUCUCUUCACUGACGCGAAGCGUCAGUUCAACACUUACGUGCAUUCAGGCACGGUUCUGAACAACUACUCGAACAUCUUCAGCUUGAUUACCCGUAUGAGACAGAUGGCUUGCCAUCCGGACCUCGUGCUUCGGAGCAAGAAAAAUGGGCAUCAGUUCUUCAACACGGAGGAGCUAGGAGAAGGCACAGUCUGCCGGCUUUGCAACGACUUUGCCGAAGACGCGAUACAAGCCAAGUGUCGGCACAUUUUUGAUCGUGAGUGUAUCAAGCAGUACCUGAGCGCGAGCUGCGAUGUCUCGCCCGACUGUCCCGUCUGCCAUCUUCCUUUGACAAUAGAUCUAGAGGCUCCAGCAUUAGAACUAGGCGAGAGUGCACCGGUUGCACGCCAAGGCAUACUGGGACGUCUCGAUCUUGACACGUGGCAGUCGUCCUCGAAGAUCGAAGCCCUCAUAGAAGAACUAAGCAACCUCCGCUUGCAAGAUGCGACCACGAAGAGCAUCGUGUUUAGUCAAUUCGUAAACUUUUUAGACCUCAUCGCAUAUAGGCUUCAGAAGGCAGGAUUUCUGAUUUGUAGAUUGGAGGGAGGGAUGUCCCCACGCGCUCGAGAUGCCACAAUCCAGCACUUCAUGAACAAUGUCGAGGUCACCGUGUUCCUCGUCUCCUUGAAAGCUGGUGGUGUUGCUCUGAACUUGACAGAAGCUUCUCGGGUAUACCUCAUGGACAGCUGGUGGAAUCCGGCGGUCGAGUACCAAGCCAUGGAUCGUAUUCACCGUCUUGGCCAACAUCGUCCUGUACAAGCCAUCAAACUUGUCAUAGAAGAUAGCAUCGAAAGCCGCAUCGUCCAGCUCCAGGAGAAGAAGUCUGCCAUGGUGGAUGCGACGUUGUCCACUGAUGAAUCGGCAAUGGGUCGUUUGACUCCGGAAGAUUUGAGCUUUUUGUUCAGGCUUUGAGUCCUACAUUGCAAAAAGGCCUCUACUGUACAAUCAUAUAUAUUAUACAUACUGGACAGCAAGUGUGUAAUUUGUUUCAUGUAACAUCUCUGUUUUCAAGCUCGUGCAAUCUCAAAUGGUG